GUCUUGUGUUCCAUACUUUGGGACUCCGUGGCGCGGUCAUAUAGUCUUUUGCUUCUUAAGUUCUCUUCUUACUUCUUAGAAAGUGACUGUGACCGUGCUAUUGACCAUGACUCACAGCACGUCUCGCACGGACCAAUUUUGCUUUUCUUUGGUCCCACCCUUCGUUAGACACCCCAUUCUUCCUUUUCCCUUUACCCUCACGUAGACGUCUACCACUCCUCUCAAAUACAUACAUCGUUCACCGUAUUGCCGCCUUCCCAUGAAUCCACAAGAACAGCCCAGCAAUAGCACAGCGUCGCCCCUAGCAACUGUAGAAGACACUUCUCAUGGCUCUCAGAAAACGGAAAACUUAGGGAAAUGUCUUAUUCUGACAUUGGUGCGGCAUGGACAGUCCCAAUCGAAUGUCUGUCGACACCUAAGCGGAGGCAGAUUCGAUCCUCUCACCGACUGCGGCUAUUCCCAAGCAGAACAAUUGAGCAAGGAUCUAUCCUCUAUGCACAUCGAUCAUCUCAUAUCAUCUCCGUAUACACGAGCUUUGGAUACUGCUCGGGUUAUUGGUCGAAACAAUAUCGAGCGACCUGGCUUGAAACCUGAGGAAGAUGAACUCAUCAUAGAGCAGUACCAUGGACCCGCGGUUGAAGCUGCUCGGAGCGCUGGAAACGGGGAUCUUGCAUACGAGCUACGGACCGGACAAAGUUCUUUCCUUGCGUAUGGACGUCCCACUUUCCCUCCUCGAUCUUACAGUCCCCCUGGAGGCGAGAGUCUGGAAUCAGUUUCUCGACGCGCACGGAUUACACUGCGCCGCUAUCUGCGUUGGUAUGGUGGAAGCUUUUCUUCCAUGCCGGAUGUUCCGAUAGACUCGACAAAUCUUAUCGACGGCGUUCCUCAUGUUGUUAUGGUCAGCCAUAAUAUCUUCCUUACCGAGUUCUAUGAAACUAUGCUUUUCUUCAACGAUCCUUCGCAGAGGUACGACACCCCGGUGAAUUGGGGAAAUGCCAGUUGGGCACGAUACAUAGUAUUCUACGAUGGCGAGCGCUUGGAGCUCAAAACCAUGAAACAGCCCUCUUAACUGUUCGACGUGGGGAAUAUCGCUCUGCUAGCAUACGUCGCGGUCAUAUCAUUUCAUCUGGCCGUACAUCAUUCUUACUCAUAAAGAAAAUUUGAAUUAUCAGAGAAGAUCGAAAGCAGAGAUACGAGAUCGGCAUAUAGAAACAGAUUCUAGGGCAUCGACGGUACGAGUACGGGCCCGUAUAUCAUCCACGGGGACAUUGGACAUCCUCACUAAAUGUUAAAUAUCCUCUCCAUAUUGAACCUCUAGAUACAUUGUGUGUAUAGUCGACAGCAACCGAACAACAAAGGAGUAG